CACCCUCUCCAGUACUUCCUUCUCUGUCAUCCAUUCAAAUCUCCUCUCUUUCCAUCAAACGCUAAACACAUCUGACAUUUUAACAGUCUUUCCCUCUCCCACUCUCUCCAAAGAUCUCUCUCUCUCUCCUUUUCUCUCAAAUAUUUUCAAAUCAAAACCUUCUGCUGCUUAUAAUGACCCAGAACCAGACUCAGAUAAGGUCUUUUAAUUGAUUCACUGCCUCUAAUUGUCUGAUAAUCUUUAAGACCCAUGAAGAUUUCUUUCAUGCUUUCAUUUCUUCUUCUUUUUCUUCUACUCUCCUUGCUCUGUCAACAUUGUCACUCCGCAAAAAUCUUUGUAGAUGGUGUUUCAGAGUGGAAAAACCCUAGUGUUCAUGUAGGAGACUCAAUCACUUUCAAACACAAGUAUCACUACAACCUCUACAUUUUCCAGAACCAAAGAGCAUUCAAUCUCUGCAACUUCACUCAAGCCUCAAUUCUCACUGAGCCCAACACCUCCUACACGUGGUACCCAUCACGCCCUGGUUUGUACUACUUCGCGUUCAACAACGGCUCUCAGAAAUCUUGCAGUCAAGGCUCUCAAAAACUCUCCAUAAAGGUCUCUUCACAAGCACCACCACCAGCAGCAGAAUUCCCUCCAACAGCACCUCCAAUUCCACCACCCAUUUCCAAUGGUGUAUUGCCUUCACCGGCUCCAGAACCCAGUAGUGGUGCAAGCGGAUCUCCAUUGACAGUACCAACGGUGGUGCCGGAUAAAAGUGGCGGCGUGCCAUUUAUCUAUAGUAAUCCAGCCGUCCCUUUGCCUACCGGUGAAGUUGAUUCCGCCACUAUUCGCCCCUUGUCCGCCUCUGGUCAUCAUCAACAGGUGGCAGUGGGGUUACUUGGAGCUCACAUGACUCUAUUUUGUGUGGCAUUGCUGGUGCUACUGUAAAAGGAGAAGGGCUGCAAUUUGGUGUAAAAAGAAGAUAAAGGAAGCAAUGGUUUUGAGUAGCUAGGUCACUAAUUAAUUAUUAAUUACUGUGGUUAUUGAGUCCAAAGUAUGAUGAUUAUGAUGCUAUCUGGACCCUACUUUUGAAUCAUAUUGCCACUUUUUGAUCUUUUGUUUAGCCAUGCAAUUGAUUGUUACUUUUUCUUUUUUGUUCUUUCAAUUCCCACUCUUUUCCUUGUUGUGUAUAUUUGAAUGUAAUUUUCAAGCUCCAACACCAAUUGGCUUUUAGGUAAA